AUGUCUCCUCCCGCUGCUGCUGCUGCUUCUCCGCCCUUCUCCCACGCAGCCAGCCUCGCCCACUACGAGACCAAGAACUCAUUCGAGCUCAUGGUCAUGGCGAAACUGCGUUGCGUUUCUGACGCGGGUGAGAAUCAGGAGAUUAUCGCGCGGCUGAUGGCGCAGGAUAGGGAGAACGGGACUUGGCCUGGGAAGUACGAGGGGCCUGGGGCGGCUGAUGCGACGAAGACCGAUGGCGAAGCUGAGGAGAUGAAUGGGGAAGAGGUGGUUGUGGCGCCGGUCGGGCGGGUCUUGGUGAAAGAAGAGAUGACGCCUGAGACUGGAGUUGGGGGUGCGGGAAGGGCGGAUCAAGUGCCUGUUGCGAUUGUCCCCGGAGACAGACGCGCGAGGACUGCGACUGCGGGCACCACUGCGACUAGCACGAGGAGCAGAAGCCCGAUAAUCCCCCUGUCACAAUUGGCAAAAGAAUGGGAUCAGGAUUGGGGCGCCCCUUUCGCUUUCCCUCUUGCCGCUCCCACCGCUCCCACCGGCUCGAAACCCCAAGCCAAAGCCAAACCCGUGACUCCCACUGAGUCUGUCUCUAGUGGCUCGAAGUCACCCGCCACACCCGCAUCUCCCCGCUCGCAAGCCUCUCGCGCAUCUCUGGCAACUCCUGCCUCGUCCCCUCCGCCCAUUCCGGCUUCGUUGAAGUCGAAUCCGUAUAACCUUCUCAUGAGCGAUGAGCAGGACGAUGAAGAAAAAGAGGACGACGAAGAAGAAGAGGAAGAAGAGGAGAGCGAGAACGAGGGGCUCAUCAUCCCCCUGAAGAUGUACACGGAGAAGGCCAGGGCUGCCGCCGAGUCUACAAGGGCUGAGGUCACGUAUGCGGCGACGUUCAGUAAGGAUACUGUCGCUGCUCCUGCGGAACAGGUUGAGAACCUCCCGGCUCCCGAUUCGUUGGCCAGUUUUGAGCCAUCUGCUGAGGUUAUGUCGGUGUCUGGGGUCGGUGUGCUUCCUGAGGCUCCUGUUGUUGUGAGGGACUUUGGUGCUAUGGUUUCGCCCUCGUCCUUGCGGUCAUCUUCACCCGAAGAGGCAGCCCACAAGUCCGACGUAGCCGCAUUCUACAACAUGCCUUCCCCCUCUCCCGUUCAGCCAGCGACAUCAACGAAGACCACGCCCGUCAAGAUCUUCGUAAGCGCUCCCCCACCACCACCGUCAUCGCCGCCACAGCCUACCCACACCGUCCCGCCGCCGCCGCCUCCCGUGCCCACCAAAAAGACUCACCACCCGCGUAACGAGAAGCGCAAACAAGACCAGGCUGUUGUGUCGUCGAAUAUGUGGGACGUGCUGGCCGCUGAGGAUACCGGUGAUGGCGAUGACACCGCUUCUGCCCCUGUUGCUGUUGACACUGAUGACAAUAACGAGGUUGAUAGUGAGGACGAGGCCCCACAAGCUCGGCAGGCGCAAAAGAAGAAGAACAGGAGGCGCGGAAAGAAAGGUGGAAAGAAGGUGCAGGCGAUGAAGCAGAAGGUGGAGCAGGCUGUGGAGGUUCCUGUUGUAGUUGCGCCUGUCCUCCAGCGGGCGGUGGCGGUGCCUGUGAAGAUGGAGAAGAAGAUGGAGAGGUCGCAGGCGCUGGGUGUCGCGGCGAUUAUCAUGGUUCUUGUUGCGCUUUUGGGAGCUCGCGUUCUAGGCUAG